CUUGAGGGGAAAAGUGUUUAUCGAGCAUUAGUCAGCGUUUUGACAGACCUUUCUACUGACUCUGGGAUGGAGAGUGGACAGCUGUCGAGAGCCGAAGCGUUGGCGUGCACAGGCUGCAGACAUGCGUGCCAUGUGAUGCUCUUCUCCGACACCAAGAGUCAGCUGUUUGGACAGAUUCCUAUUCGACACAUUAUAUUAAUGCAGAUGCGCUUUGACGGUCUGCUGGGUUUCCCCGGUGGUUUUGUAAACCCAUCAAAAGAAAGCCUGGAAGAAGGCCUGAGCAGGGAGCUGUUGGAGGAGAUUGGAGUGGCCGUUCCCAUCUUAGAGGAGAACCAUGUGAAUUCCUGCUAUGCUCCACCCUCUCCCUCUUCAUCAUCGUCUUCCUCUCGUCUGAUAUUACACUUUUACAUGAAAAAGAUGGAAGAGGAACAGAUUCUUGACAUAGAGCGCGCAGCUGCAUCUACAGCCGUAGACCACGGGCAUGAGGUGUUGGGAAUGGUCCGAGUCCCACUUUACCAAACUAAAAAUGGAGGAGGUCUGUCUUUGUUCCUGUCUCACUCUUUUAUUGGGAACGCCCGGCUACAGCUGGUGGACUGUUUGCUGCGCUUUGGUCUCAUCCCUGCAAAACACUUACACAAAGCCCUCAUUCGCUCUGUGGAGACACACAAACAUACUGCCCAAGACCUCAGAUCAGCUCUGGACCUCAUACAGCAGAAACUGAACUGACUCUACUGCACAUGCACAAGCCUUCUUCCAGGGGCCUGCAAAUAUUAUUCAAAGUAGCCUUCAUUGAAGAAAAAUAAUUGUCAGUCAUACUUUACUUUUCUUUUCUUUUUUUUAUUAAAAUCUUGAAGAGCUCUUUUAAAUUUAUUAAGUGUUUUUUUUUUUUUAAAGAAGCUAGGUCAUACAACCUUUAUUCUUGCUUUAUAAUCCUUGAUUAGCUUGUUCUGUUUUGGUAAUAACAUAUAGGAAUUUGUAAUUGCCUUAACUGCACCUCUGGAAGAAAGGGUGUCAGCCACAUCACCUUUAAUAAAAAGGCCCCUGCCCUUCAUUUCUGAACUUAGUUGUAGCGACUGCAUGCCACAAGCAUCCGACUUUUGAGUGCUAAAGUUUAUGUUAUUAGCCUUUAUAUUCACUUGGGCCUUUUAAACUACAUUAGGGAAAACUGUCAGCGUAAAUAAAGGCUGAGGUCCAUGGGGAUAAAUAUCAAGUUUGGCCUUUUCUUCUGUGACACUGAAAAAAAUAAUGUUAUGCCCUCUAUAUUUCUGACUUUUGCCUGUCUAAUGUUGUGUUGACUGCUACAACAAAAAUGAAAUAUCUUGGGCAUAUUAUCACUGCAGACAUGGCGGAUGAUGGUGAUAUUUAUAGACAAUGUAGGAUGUUGAAUGCUCAAGCAAAUACUCUUAUGCGCAAAUUUGGUUCUUGUACUGAUGAUGUAAAGUUGAUAUUGUUUAAAUAAUAUUGUACACCUCUGUACACAGCCCACCUCUGGACUAAUUACAGAGCUAGUCUGCAAAGGCUGCAGUUGGCCUGCUUUGCGGGUGCUCCUAAGGAGGCUGCGAUGGACUAGUGUGACCAAGAUGUUUGUUAGUGUAUGAGUGAACACUUUGCAAGCUACACUAUGAACUUUAAUGUACAGUUUUAUUUGAAUAAGUUAGAAAAUAAAAUAAUGUCACUCACAAAUAUAAAAAUCAGUGUAAUAUUCUAUCAGUCCAAGAUGUGGAGACACUGGUAUGGUUGCAUUUUUAAAACAUAAAUGUUUAUUGUUGUUAUUGUUACUAUCCUUGUCUGUUAAAAAUGAGUUUGGAAUAAAGAUGAAUUGA